UUUUUAGCGGGAGAACGGCAGUGUAGCCAAGUGUAGCCCAGUGUAGCCCCUCUUUUUCUCUCUCAUGCUCGCCGCUGAUUUGCUGCCACUCUGUCACUCGUGGGUUUGUGGCGAUCCAAUAUCGUGCCAGCUGCUGCCACCUGCCCGACACCUGGCGGCUGUCAUCCAUCUUGAACCACCGGUUGUCCUCCUCUCGUCUUUUCUUCCUUUUCCUUUUCCUUCUUCUUCAUACUCAUCAUCUGUUUCGACACUCCUCAUCUCUACACUUUUUGUUUCUUACCUGCCCCCCGUUUCCCUCUGCCAAUCCCCCGUGUUUCUCUUCUUCGACCGGAACCGCCUUCUUCCUGCCCUGCGCGGCGCUCGACCACCAACAUCCGAAACACGCACCGAUCGCACCGUCCCAAUCCCCAAAACACCAUCCGUCGCACAUUCGAACCCUCAUAUUUCGCCCGACAGCCCUCUCCUGCACAGACGCCACUAAAUUUGGAUCUCCUCUGUCACACUCACACCCGCUCCGUCCCAGCAAAUCCUGACCCGUCGCUUGACAGCCAGCCUUCGCCUGAAAUUGCUUCGUCCCGCAUGCUGCCUUUGCGACGACCAUAGCGCAUAAACCUGACCCCUGCCAGCCUGCGACAAACUCUGGCUCGCGGAGUGGCCUGGUCCGCAUUGCCUCGCUCGUCAGCCUUGAAUUCGUUCCGGAGUUUUGUAUCAUCUUGGGAUCCCUGCAUCUCCAAGUUCGGAUCGCCCAGGGUUUCGGCGCUCAGUUUCGACUCUGGCGCUGGCCAUUUAUCAUUCGCAAGCCGCCCACCUCCGACCCCAAGACUUGGCUCUUUCUUACACUCCCAUUCGUCAUUCCAGAUUCUUGGGAUAGAGAGUCGUCUUUCCUUCUCUUUCUUUUUCGCUUCGUUUUCUUUCAUUUUUUCUUAGCGGGGCUUUCUUUCCUUUCCUUUCAACUUGGGCCGGCACCAUAUCAAUAGUUCUUUACGCAACGUAGCGUAUCUGAACAGGGUUGAAGCAAACAAUUUCUGUCGCAGGUCGACACAGAGUAUUCGAGGGUUCUCUAUCCAUUUUUAGUCACAGCAACAGCCAUCAUGAGCGGUGGUCAAGUAGGUUGCGCGGAGCUUGUCCGCAAGCAGUUCACUGCUAGAAAAAUACUCUUCCACGUCCUAUUCUGGGUCUUCCAUUGGGGCAUCUUUGCAUAUGGAUGGUGGAAACAGGAAUCAGAUAUUCGACUCGCGGGUCUCAACACUUUGCAAUACUCCGUCUGGACUUCUCGUGGCGCUGGCCUUGUCCUCUCCGUCGACGGUAUGCUUAUUCUCCUCCCCGUCUGCCGCACCAUUAUUCGAUGGGUUCGUCCCAAGCUUCGGUUCUUGCCCCUCGAUGAGAACAUCUGGUUGCACCGCCAGUUAGCUUACGCUAUGCUCCUCUACGCUUUUCUCCAUACCGCGGCUCACUACGUCAACUUCUACAACGUCGAAAUCACCCAGAUUCGUCCAGUGUCUGCUGUUCAGAUCCACUAUACCCAGCCUGGAGGUAUCACCGGUCACAUUAUGUUGCUUUGCAUGAUGCUUAUGUACACCACGGCACAUGCCCGCAUCCGUCAACAGUCUUUCGAAACCUUUUGGUACACCCACCACCUCUUCAUCCCCUUCUUCCUCGCUCUCUACACUCAUACAACCGGUUGUUUUGUGCGUGAUUCCGCAGCCGCCUUUUCUCCCUUUGCCGGUGACAAGUACUGGGAGCACUGCAUUGGCUACCUUGGCUGGAGAUGGGAGCUCUGGACUGGUGGCUUCUACCUUAUCGAGCGUCUCUACCGUGAGGUUCGUGCCCGCCGUGAAACCAAGAUCACCCGCGUCAUCCGUCACCCCUACGAUGUUGUGGAAAUCCAAUUCAACAAGCCCUCUUUCCGCUACAAGGCCGGUCAGUGGCUCUUCCUGCAGAUCCCUUCGAUUUCCAAGUACCAGUGGCAUCCGUUUACCAUUACUUCUUGCCCCUUCGAUCCCUAUGUGUCAGUCCACGUUCGCCAGGUUGGUGACUUCACCCAGGCUCUUGGUGACGCCCUUGGUGCUGGUGGUGCUCAAGCCAAGCUUUACGACGGUGUCGACCCUAUGGGUAUGUACGAAGUCGCUCUUCAAAACGGCCAACAGAUGCCUGCUCUUCGCAUUGAUGGACCCUACGGUGCCCCUGCCGAAGAUGUGUUUGAGAAUGAAAUUGCUGUUCUGAUCGGUACUGGUAUUGGUGUCACGCCUUGGGCCUCUAUUCUGAAGAACAUCUGGCAUCUGCGCAACUCUCCCAACCCUCCCACUCGUCUUCGUCGUGUCGAAUUCAUCUGGGUCUGCAAGGACACUGGCUCAUUCGAGUGGUUCCAAACUCUUCUUUCUUCUCUUGAAUCUCAGUCCAACGACGCUGCCCGUCUUCCUGGCUCCUCGGGAGUGGAAUUCCUUAAAAUCCACACUUUCCUUACUCAGAAGCUCGACAUGGACACCACCCAGAACGUUAUCCUCAACAGUGUUGGCACCGACCAGGAUCCUCUUACGGAGCUUAAGUCGCAAACACAAUUUGGUCGCCCCGAUUUCAAGCGCAUGUUUUCCGCCAUGCGCGAUGGUAUCCUUGACCGCUCAUACCUCAACGGCCUCGAAGGCAACAUGAGAACAACCGUCGGUGUAUACUUCUGCGGUCCUUCUGCAGCUGCUCGUGACAUCCAGGCUGCCUGCAAAGACGCAACUGCUCGCGAGGUGCAGUUCCGCUUCUGGAAGGAACAUUUCUAAGUGGUUCUUUCUACGGGAAUUUGUUUAUCAAGAGCGAAAGAUUUAUUUUCAUCACUGUAAAACUGGUGGCCAUGAUAGGCUGUCUUCCAUAUUUCUUCAUUAUUUAGGUGUUUCUUGGGGUUCUUAUUAUCUUAUUACUACAUAUCGGAUCGAUUCAAGUUGGGAAGUGUCUGAGUAUCUUGAUAUCCAAGAUCGCUGGGUUCAAAGCGAAACUGUCAAUUAAGCACCAAUGCAUGCUUGUUUCUUUUUAAUUCUUCAUGACUCUAGCAUUCCAAAAACAAAACAAUAGUCUUCAUGCGAA